CCUGCUUUGCAUAACCACCCGUCUCGCGGCUGUGAUUGGGGGCUCGCGCGGCUUAAUCUGCAUCUUGGUUUCAUUGUAUGGAGGACGCCAGAUUCGGUUUGGUUCUGCAUCUGGACGCCCCGCCGCCCCUCCACCCCGCCCGGCUCCAUCCUUCAAGAAGCGGAGCGGCUUGUCGCCGUUCAAACGUGGAGGGAAGAGACACGCGGAGGGACGCUCGCGGCAGGGCGCGCGGCUCUAUUGUUAGUUGAGUGCAGUUGGGCUUUUUUUUUCCCCCCGUCAGUAGUUUGUUCGCGUACGCUCGCUGUCGGGCUGAAAAACGGAGGAGCUGUUCACCCCCUCCCGGAGUACCGAAGAGCGGAGACGACGUUUAAGAUGGAGAGAUGCUGCUCCUUUGCUCUCCUGGCUCCGUCUGACAUAAGCCUUCUUGUGUUUUGGACCUGCCUGGGUGUGGUUCCGGAGCAGGAGCCCCCUCUGCCAUCAUCAGGGAACACUGAAGAGUAAAGAAACAGCGACCCAACUCAACGGUACGUGGCAGACCCUGCGCACAGCAGCAGGCUUUAUCAUCUUUACCUGAAGGGAUGAAGCCGGAUGGGGUUGCCGUGGAAACUGCAGAGCCCGCGGAAGUCGCCGCAGCGUCAGAGCCAUCUUCGAUGCAGGAAAACGUCGUUGAGGAAGUUCCAUCUCACCUCGGGGCGGCGGCGAACAGUGCACCACACGAGGCUCCGAAGACCAACGGCAAGCCAGGGACCGUCGACCCCAAAGCAAAAACGAAAAAAUCCGGAAAUAGGCCACCGCCUGCAGCCUCUACAGGGCUUUCUGGGUCUAGACCAGGAACUAACUCGCACCGUCCAGUCAGAGAAGUCAAACCUGCCUCCCCUUUAGCCAAAAAGACUGCAACGACGACGACGACGGCAUCAAAAACAACCGCUGGAGUUGUGCCUAAAAAACAUGCAGGCGUGGCGGCAGUUUCCUCCACCGGUAAGAACCCAACGCGAGCGCCCGCGGGAGCGGCUCGGCCGUCUGCUCCAACGGUACCAAACGGUGCCAAACCUGCAAACGUUAAUGGCACCAUGGGGAAAAAAACAGCAGCCAACUCUGCUAAUGGGGCUAAACCCAAAACUGCAGCUGCUGCUGGUAGGACUUUGACUUCCACUGCUCCAAAACCUGGACCUUUAGCAACCACCAAACCUGUUGGCGCUGCAGCUUCAAAAGCCACGAGGACUGCAGCAGGCGUGUCUGCAUCUCGAACAUCCAAGCUGACUGCAACCACAACAAAAGCUGCUGCUGCUGUCAAAACAGCUGUUUCUAAAAGUGCUGCAGCACCACCUACUGGCAGGACCGCAGCAGCACAGCCUCCUAAAGCCGCUGCUGCUAAGAAAGAUGUCGGUCGGCCGCCUGCUGCCCCUGCGGUCAAGAAACCUGCGGGAGCGACGGCGUCUCCUGCUGCCAGGAAGCAGGAAGCUUCUAAACCUGCAGCCGCAUCCAAGGCCAGCGCAGUCCCCAAAGAGACCGCCGCCGCCACCAAAGCGGUGGACAACAAAUCCAAACCGCCUCCACCUGCAAAGCUUAACGCCGCAAAGAAACCCGCCGCUGCUGGGCGCCUCCCUGCAGUGAAGAAGCCCCUCCCCUCUCAAACCCCACCUGCAUCUCCAGCCAACAAACCUGCAAAAAGCAGCACCCCCAAGACCAAAGGCGGAGCCAGGCCCGUUCAGACGGUGGCGCCGUUCAGCUCCACAAAGAGGAGCCGCGUUCCAGGGGCGGCGGCGGCUGCUGCUGCUGCUGCAGCACCUGAGGCUCCGAGCGCCUCAGCGAGCGCGGCUGAAGAUCCACCUGCAGGCGCCGCUGCAGAGGCGCCCUCAGCGCAGGAACCCCCCCAGACUGCCUCUUCAUCAGAGGAGGCCCCCACCCUCCAGUCAGCCACUCCUGCCUCACCGACACCAGAGCAGAGUGCGUCUGCAGCCACGGCAACCCCGCCUGACAAAGCCCCACCCAUGUCUUCCUGCCCCCACCCAACGCCGGGCGCCAUUACCCAGGCCCCUCCUGCUGCCAAUCUAAAUGAAGAGGAGGAGGAGGAGGAGAAGGAGGGAAGUCAGCUGGUCUCCGUGUCUGAAAUGAGCGGAACCACGCAGCCCACAGAGGAGUCCCGGCCGGACUCGGCCGGACCGGUGGGGGCGUCGGCCUGGAGAGCUGGCGGCGCCCUGCUGUCAGAGCUGGACUCUGAGGACGUGAGCGGCAGCCAGCAGGGGGCGUCCGAGCUGAGCGCGCCGGGCGUCUUGGAGGGAACGGAGAGCACGGACGACCUGGGCGACGGCAGCCUCAAAGGCGCCAUGGACAUGGAAGGCGCCUCGGCGGGGUCACCUGACUUUGAGAAGGUCCCUGACAUUCCGGUCAUCGACUUCGAUGAAGACGAGGACGACAGCGACCGCGUGUGCGACAUGGACGUGGGCUCCGAGAAGACGGACGAACCGCGGAGGCCGCGGCACGACAACGACAUGGACGAGGAGGAGGAGGACGACGAAGACGUGGAGAUGGCGAGUGAGGGGGUGACGGAGAGCGGGCUGGAGAGCUACGGAAAUGCAGACGAAGAUGACUUUGCUGAAGAUGAACGGCUGGAUAACCUGAACAGAGAGGCUCCGCCUCCGCCGCCUCUGCUGCCCUCCGCCCCGGCUGCUCAGUGGGACCAGCCAAACCCCUUCGCUGAUCCGUGGGCAGAACCUUUCCAGACCAAGCAGGCUGUUCAACCUGCCGCAGAACCCCUGCUGGGGGACUGUGUGGCUCCGCCCCCAACCGCAAUCCAGGCGUGGCCAGACGCCGCUUCGUUUGUUCCUGAAAAACAGAACUCUCCCCAGCGUCCUUCUGCCGAAGCGCCAGAAAAGUCCCAGUCAGGCAACCUGAACAGCGAGUCCGGCACACCUGAGGAUGACAUCAGCCGUGACGGAAAGCUCCGCCCUCCAGGUGGGCAGGCCAAUGCAGACCGGGGCGCUGAUGUAGAGGAGGGAGAAAAGGAGACGGAGGAGGAAGAGGAGGAGCCUGAACCAGAGACUCUUCCUGCUGACGAAGUCCUGGGGGGCCCUGCUACGGCGCCCACCUCCGCCCCCUCCUCAUCCACGACGACAGAGGAUGAAGCGAGCGACACGGAGGGCGAAGCUCAGCUGGAGGACUCGCUGGUCGCUUCAGCCGUGAUGAAGAUGAAGUUUGACGGCCAGCCUCUGGCCCAGCGCUGCCUGUCCACGGUGGAAGAGGGGGUCGAGGAAGAGGGGGCCGUCGCCCCCGCCGCCGCUGAAGACACCACCUCGCCCUCCGCUGCCUCGUUGGCGUCGUACGGGUUCGACUCCGCGACCACGCCUUCAAACUCCAACGCCCAGUCGACCGGGGAGAGCUGCGUGAGGAGCCCCGGCAUCUUCUCGCUGGAGGAGCUCUCCGAGGAGGCGAAGGAGCCCCCGACCGAGCAGCAGUACAUGGAGUGCAGGAAGCAGGACGGAGAUGCAGCGGAGGUCUCGGGGGGAGGCCCGCAUCCCCCAUCCAGCUUGGAGAACCCGGCGGAGAACGUGCAGCCUCUGUAUUACUCUAUCUGUGAAAAGACUGAGGACUCUUUAGCAGCUUUGCACCCACAGUGGCGGGAUCACGCGCCGCUCUCCAGAACCUACUACGACGUGGUCAAGCUGCCCGGCGCCGCCGGCGUCCCGCCCAAACUGACGUGUGCCGACCUCCCGCCCCGGAGCCCCGGCGGGCGGGGGGCCAGCCCGCAGCUCCGCAGGCUGGAGCAGCAUCAGCGGCAGCUGCUGGAGCUGCAGCACCGCAGGGAGCAGCAGAGCCGGCCGCUGGAGGAGGCCGAGCAGGAGAGGAAGAGGAGGGUGGAGGAGGAGGAGAGGAGGAAGAAGGAGGAGGCUGAAGAGGAGAUCAAGAGGAACAAGAGGGCGGCGGCGGAGGAGGAGACGAAGCAGAGGAGGGAGCUGGAGCUUCAGCUGCAGCAGCAGCAGCAGGAGCUGCAGCAGCGGCAGCAGAUCCUGCAGUGGCAGCAGGAGCUGCAGGAGGCCAGCAAAGGUCAGGCGGUGCUGCUGUCUCCUUCUGGACUCUGCACCAUCUAUGAAGCUCUGGAGAGCAGCGAGGAAGAGGAGGACGAAGAACUGGACAACGAGGAGCAUCCAGAAUCACCGAUCGGUGACAGAACGAGACCAGACGAGGACAAACGCUGCUCCUCUCCGUCUGCCGGCUCUCCUUCUCCUCCACACUGCACCCUGUCGUCCAGCAACCCCUCCCGGGAGGAAGAAAUGUCCUCCCUUUGCCCCCCCGAGUCCCCAGAACACCCGUCCGCCCUGGACCUGGACUGGGGGCAGAAGGUGGACAUAGUCCAGCAGCUGAUCAACCAGACGCUCCUGCUGAACGGAGACGGCUGCUCCUCGCUGCUCCUUCUGCCGGGGGGAGCGGGAGGCACCCUGAGCCCCCUGGAGAGCAGCCUGUGGCCCUCCCUGCUGCCCCCCCUCACCCCUCCCUCUGCCACGGUCACCUCCGUCAGCAGCUUCUCCCCCGACGCCACGGGCAGCUCGGCGCAGGGGGAGUGGACGGUGGUGGAGCUGGAGACGCAUCACUGAGGCCCCGCCCCCGGGAGGAGGGGCCGAGCUGUUUGCGUCACGCUGCUGCAGCCGCAACCACACACAAAACCUGCCAUUGGUGAUAUUUCUGUCGCUAUGGUAACGAAACUAUUUGAUAAGCAAAGUUUUUUUAAAUACUUGAGACGGACUUUAUUAAAAAAAUGAAAAAUAGUUUUUGAUCUAAAGUGGCUGAAAACUUGAAUGAAGUUCAGAAGCUCCUCCUCUUCUGCAUCUCAUGGAAGCUGCACCUUUCUCAAACUAUCCCAUGAUGCAUUGCUACUGACGGUGAACAUGGUUUUUCCUGCCUUAGGAUGGAGAAAACGACCAGAGAACAGACUUCUGUACAGACGCAAGAGUCUUAAUAUUUCAAAGUUUUAUUUCGAUUUCAGAAGGAUUUCUUUUUUUUUUUAGGCUGAAGUCAGAAGUUGAGAUGAAACAUUUCCGUUUGCGUCUGGUUGAAGUUAAAAAUGUCAUUUCAGUCUCGUUUUCCACCUGAACUCUUUAUUUUUGGUUUUUCUUAUUUCGGGUUUAGUUUAGAAACGAAGCUUUACGUCUUCCUCAGGUUUUCAGACGGAGCGCUUUACAGAAACCGCAGCUCGUUGGUGGCACGAUGAGGAAGGUGCGGCCCUCAUCAUCAUCACAGAAAGCACUGAGACUGAAGUGACCUGCUGCACUGACGUCCCACAUGGACGCCACUACUGACGGGGAGCGUCCUCGGGGAAGGAGGGGCGUGUCCCUAAAACUGUGAUGAAUGAAUGUGGUUGAAAGUACUGUCCGUCCUUUACCUGUCUGUCCCUCCUUUACCUGUCUGUCCCUCCUUCACCUGUCUGUCCGUCCUUCACCUGUCUGUCCGUCCUUCACCUGUCUGUCCCUCCUUGACCUGUCUGUCCCUCCUUCACCUGUCUGUCCCUCCUUCACCUGUCUGUCCGUCCUUCACCUGUCUGUCCCUCCUUCACCUGUCUGUCCGUCCUUCACCUGUCUGUCCCUCCUUCACCUGUCUGUCCGUCCUUUACCUGUGUUACCCCGGAAGGUUCCUCCACCUUUUGUCUCCACCUUCACAACUUUCUUCUUCACUUUUCCCAAAUGUUCCUCCUGAAACUGCUUUGUUUGAAACUGGAUCACUGUAAUGAAGGGACGCUCCACUUCACUUUUGGAUUCCAGAUUUGUAGAGGCGUAGUUGCCGUUUCAGAGUUUAUAUAGAGACUUUUAUUGUGGAGUAUAAUUUGUAAUCCGAUGUUUUCCUUAUGUGAAGACCUGAGCCGGAAGCUGGCAUGUGAAGUGGACUUUGUUUCUGCAGAUCCUCGUCAUUUCAGUGUGAAUGAAUUAUUUAUUGGCCUGCAGGUCUCUGGCAGCUUCUUCUAAAAUGUUUGGACACAAAAUGUGACUGAAAUUCAUUCAAUGCAAUGUUUUGAGUUAAUAAAAUACCUUUUUUAAUAA